AUGUUUCCCUAUCCACCUGACCCCUACCCCCGGGAACAGGCCCGCCCAGAGCUGCUUUCCUCCCUACCCCAAGGGCAGUAUGAGGUGGAGAGAGAACGGGUUGACUUUGAUCGUCAGCGCCAGAACGAGGAAAUGUUGUCCAAGGUACAUAUCUCUAGAGGUGUUUUGAAGCUAACAACAUGUAGACUUAGUCAUACUGAUCAUUCUCCAGACACUGUCCCUAACACUAAUGGUUAUACAGACACUGUCCCUAACACUAACAGUUCUACAGACACUGUCCCUAACACUAAUGGUUCUACAGACACUGUCCCUAACACUAAUGGUUCUACAGACACUGUCACUAACACUAAUGGUUCUACAGACACUGUCCCUAACACUAAUGGUUCUAUAGACAUGGUCCCUAUCACCAAUGGUUCUACAGACACUGUCCCUAACACUAACGGUUCUACAGACACUGUCCCUAACACUAACGGUUCUACAGACACUGUCCCUAACACUAAUGGUUCUACAGACACUGUCCCUAUCACUAAUGGUUCUACAGACACUGUCCCUAACACUAAUGGUUCUACAGACACUGUCCCUAUCACUAAUGGUUCUACAGACACUGUCCCUAACACUAAUGGUUCUACAGACACUGUCCAUAACACUAAUGGUUCUACAGACACUGUCCCUAUCACUAAUGGUUCUACAGACACUGUCCCUAACACGUAUGGUUCUACAGACACUGUCCCUAACACGUAUGGUUCUACAGACACUGUCCCUAACACGUAUGGUUCUACAGACACUGUCCCUAACACUAAUGGUUCUACAGACACUGUCCCUUACACUAAUGGUUCUACAGACACUGUCCCUAACACUAAUGGUUCUACAGACACUGUCCCUAUCACUAAUGGUUCUACAGACACUGUCCCUAUCACUAAUGGUUCUACAGACACUGUCCCUAACACUAAUGGUUCUACAGACACUGUCACUAACACUAAUGGUUCUACAGACACUGUCCCUAACACUAAUAGUUCUACAGACACUGUCCCUAACACUAAUGGUUCUACAGACACUGUCCCUAACACUAAUGGUUCUACAGACACUGUCCCUAACACUAAUGGUUCUACAGACACUGUCCCUAACACUAACGGUUCUAUAGACACUGUCACUAACACUAAUGGUUCUACAGACACUGUCCCUAACACUAACAGAUCUACAGACACUGUCCCUAUCACUAAUGGUUCUACAGACACUGUCCCUAUCACUAAUGGUUCUACAGACACUGUCACUAACACUAAUGGUUCUACAGACACUGUCCCUAACACUAAUGGUUCUACAGACACUGUCCCUAACACGUAUGGUUCUACAGACACUGUCCCUAACACUAAUGGUUCUACAGACACUGUCCCUAACACUAAUGGUUCUACAGACACUGUCCCUAACACUAAUGGUUCUACAGACACUGUCACUAACACUAAUGGUUCUACAGACACUGUCCCUAACACUAAUGGUUCUACAGACACUGUCCCUAACACUAAUGGUUCUACAGACACUGUCACUAAUACUAAUGGUUCUACAGAUACUGUCCCUAACACUAAUGGUUCUACAGACACUGUCCUUAACACUAAUGGUUCUACAGACACUGUCCCUAUCACUAAUGGUUCUACAGACACUGUCCCUAUCACUAAUGGUUCUACAGACACUGUCCCUAACACUAAUGGUUCUACAGACACUGUCCCUAACACUUAUGGUUCUACAGACACUGUCCCUAUCACUAAUGGUUCUACAGACACUGUCCCUAUCACUAAUGGUUCUACAGACACUGUCACUAACACCAAUGGUUCUACAGACACUGUCCCUAACACUAAUGGUUCUAUAGACACUGUCACUAACACUAAUGGUUCUACAGACACUGUCCCUAACACUAAUGGUUCUACAGACACUGUCCCUAUCACUAAUGGUUCUACAGACACUGUCCCUAUCACUAAUGGUUCUACAGACACUGUCCCUAACACUAAUGGUUCUACAGACACUGUCCCUAACACUAAUGGUUCUACAGACACUGUCACUAACACUAAUGGUUCUACAGACACUGUCCCUAACACUAAUGGUUCUACAGACACUGUCCCUAACACUAAUGGUUCUACAGACACUGUCCCUAACACUAAUGGUUCUACAGACACUAAUGAUGUGGUAGAGAGGAUGAGGUUUGUCAACCAGCUUGAGGAGAACAGAAUAUUUCUAAAUCGAAUGUACCAUCCCUGGAAAGAAAACCCUACACGACAGACACUGAAAGACGCUGUGCCUGUCCACACAGUGUCCGCCUAUAACAUGUCACCUGUAGGGGGUGAUGGUAACGUCACACCUGACGAUGACGAGGGGGAACAGGUGGAGGAGGAGCAGAAGCAAAACACAGGGAGGAGAUUGAAAAGAGAGAAAGAUGAAGGACGCCCUUCAACUCCAGGAGGACUCAUGAAUAAAUUAGGGCUAGAACAACAAAGUCGAACCAGUAAACUCAACAAUGAACGAAAGUUAGAAUACAACCAACUCCUCACAGAGGUAAGGACACUUUAUCAUAGAAUACAACCAACUCCUCACAGAGAUAAGGACACUUUAUCAUAG